CCGACGGCCAACCAAAGCCAAUUCAUUUCUAGCGACUUUUCUUCGUCUCAGACCAGACUCUACCGACGCCUCUCUCUCUCUCUCCUGAAAUUGGGUUCUCUCCUUUCCUUUUUACCUCUCCAAGAUUGGGUUUUGGGGUCUGACUCUUGUAAUUGAGAGGCACAAUGUCGGGAGGAGGCUCACAGAAUAGUUUAAGGAAGGCGCUUGGAGCCAUUAAGGACACCACCACUGUCAGUUUGGCAAAAGUAAAUAGCGAUUACAAGGAGUUGGAUAUUGCAAUUGUCAAAGCCACAAAUCAUGUUGAGCGCCCAGCAAAAGAAAAGCACAUAAGAGCUGUCUUUGCUGCUAUUUCAGCUACAAGGCCUCGAGCUGAUGUUGCAUACUGCAUACAUGCUUUGGCUAGACGAUUGUCAAAGACUCACAACUGGGCGGUUGCAUUGAAAACUUUAAUUGUUAUUCAUCGUGCCUUGAGAGAAGUGGACCCCACUUUUCAAGAAGAACUAAUCAAUUAUGGAAGGAGCAGAAGCCGUAUGCUCAACAUGGCCCAUUUUAAAGAUGAUUCAAGUCCCAAUGCAUGGGAUUACUCUGCUUGGGUUCGUGCUUAUGCCCUAUUUUUAGAAGAAAGGCUGGAAUGUUUCCGGGUACUGAAGUAUGAUGUUGAGACUGAUCGCCCUAGAACUAAAGAUCUGGAUACUCCAGAAUUGCUUGAGCAGUUACCUGCCUUGCAGCAGCUUCUAUAUCGUGUUCUUGGUUGCCAGCCACAAGGAGCUUCAUUACAUAAUUUUGUGAUUCAAUUGGCACUCUCAAUGGUUGCUUCUGAAAGCAUUAAAAUUUAUAAUGCUAUCAGCGAUGGUACUGUCAAUUUGGUUGACAAGUUUUUUGAGAUGCAACGGCAUGAUGCUGUUAAGGCUUUAGAAAUAUAUCGAAGGGCAGGGAAACAGGCAGAGGGGCUAUCAGAGUUCUAUGAAGUAUGUAAAAGCUUCGAUGUUGGGCGUGGAGAAAAAUUUAUGAAGAUUGAGCAGCCACCUGCAUCGUUUUUACAAGCAAUGGAAGAGUAUGUGAGAGAGGCUCCACGUGGUUCAACAUUUCGCAAGGAUCAGGUGACUGAUGCCCCUAAGAUAACCCUAGCCUUAGAGUACAAGAAAAGUCCAGAGGUGCAGGAGAAAAGUCCACCAUCCCCCUCUCCACCUGAACCCGAAUCAGCACCUGAACCUGCUAAGGUGCAAGCUCCUGUUGCUGAGCCACCUGACCUGCUGGGUUUGAAUGAUCCUGCUCCAGUUGCUUCAGAAUUAGAUGAGAAGAAUGCUCUGGCUUUGGCUAUUGUGCCUGUUGCCGAUCAAUCAACUCCUGCUGCCACAGAUCCUGCAAAUGGAACUACUGGCUGGGAAUUGGCCCUUGUUACCGCUCCAAGCUCAAAUGAAAACGCCACAGCUACUAGCAAAUUGGCUGGAGGACUGGACAAACUUACAUUGGACAGCCUAUAUGAUGAUGCAAUAAGAAGAAGCAACCAGCAAGGAAACUAUAACCCGUGGGAGCCAGUCCAAAUGGCUGGUCCCAUGAUGCCCCAAACAACCCAUGAUCCGUUCUAUGCCUCCAAUGUGAUGGCUGCCCCGCCCAGUGUGCAAAUGGCCGCCAUGGCCAGCCAGCAGCAAGCUUUCAUGUUCCAGCAGCAGCAGCAUCAACAGAUGAUGAUGGGCCCCCAGCCGCAGCCUGCAAAUCCUUUCGGCAACCCAUAUGGCUCAGGUAUGCCUGUCCAAGCCUACAAUCCAUACUCGGGACUUAUUUAGACCCAAUCUCUAGAAACGCGCUUCUUUUUGCUUGAAACUCGACAAUGGAAACAUGGAGAGGCAGAACUGUUUUGGACGCAAUGCUGGGGAGAUGUGAAGGAUAUAGAACAUAGAUUUGUAUCAUAUGUUGUGCAAAUGGAAAGAGAUGGGACAAAGAUUAUUUUGUACAAUAACAGGGUUGGGAUGGUGCUCUGAUUGUGUCGAUUACUUACAUUGAUGAAGGUGGGAAUAAUUGUGACAAGAUGACAUUUUUUGGCCUGCUUGCUUGUACUUCAUUCUGAAGCAGGAUUCUGUUCUUCUCAUUUUUUUUUUCUUUUUUUGUCCUUGAAUUCUUUUUUCUUUUUGGGUUUAUCUAGGUAUAACUUCGAACAGUACAAAGCCAUUUGUAUUUUUUUCUUUUUUGUGAUUAUUGCUAAACAUUUGUGUAAUGUGGGCACAAUGCUUGAUUAGUGAUACUUUUUUGUUAAA